CCUAUGCUUACCCUACAAGUCCACUUUGUAAAAACAUGAAAGACAUUGACAAGUCAAACUUCACAAAUAAAUAAUCAUCAGUUACACAUUUCAUUGGAGGGAUUGAUUGGUCAUGUUGGACUCGGUUGGAAAGGCUGCACAAAAACUUUUUGACAAGACUUUAGGGAAAAGGAAAGUAUUGGAAAGCACCAAGUUUUUCAUAUAUUUUGCGUUUCCUGUUGGAAUGGUUUAUUUCUUUGGGUCAGGUCGAUAUGGAUUGUUGGAUAAAUUUAUUGAAAAGCAUCCUUAUAUUGUGUAUCCUCCUGAAGCGCCUAGAAUUGAUCACGACCAACUUCGUUUGGAACUGAGAGAAUUGAGAAGACAAAAGGAACAACAAUCCUUAAGGGACGAAAAUGAAGCAAACAAGCCCAACUUAUCUAGCUCCUUAGGAUAACAACCGCUUCUUGUAUCUUGCGAAUAGAACUUAUAUAAAUACUACUCGUGUAAAAUGAAUAACUCAAAGUUUCACGAGUCUUGAUGCUUUUGAC